AGGAGCAAGUGCACACGUUGAGAAAGCUCAGCACUAGGUCCGACAAUAACUAGAGACACCGACGCCACAAUCUAGAAACAUCUUCUACUUCUUAUCACAGCACUACUAUUGAUAUUGUAGCCUUCUAGCUAUUAUAUCCGUGAAAGCCAUUUUGUUUUGCACCACGAAGAGACGAAAGAACCGGGCCACUUCAACAUAACGGCGGGUGGCUCAGUAAACUUUCUCGUGGCCAAAAAUAAUCAGAGAAAAAGAUGCCGCUCCUCGAAGAGGCAUAUGCCGAAGCAGCUCCGCUCAUGGAGAGCGACCCUGGCCACGGCGGUGGCCACAGUGGUGACAUUCUUGCACUUAUGCCGCGUAGCGUCAGCUUUUCGAUCUUCAGCUACAAGCAUACAUACUCCUGCUACUUUCGUGAUGGUUCCACUUAGCGAGAACUUCCACGCGGAAGCUUAUUAUAGCCUGUAGAUCUUUAUCCAUCCUCGGGCUUCAGAAGUAGUGCCGAUGAGGCCUCGGCGUUUGCGCCUUCUUUGUAGUGUGCCCUUCGGAUGGGUUAUCUGUUUUUACUACAGAUGUUUCCUAUCCUCUAAUAGAGCAAGUGCUGGCGGUGGCGUUUUGCCUGUCUGGGCGUGCGAUGCUAUGCUGAAGAGCCGCGCGAGCGUGAUGAGCAAGCAGACCAACUACCACAUCAAGAAGGUAUGCGCCUUGUUGCUCUUGCUCUUGGUGUCUUCGAUUGCAGUGGUAGGCCCGGCAUUCUUGGCGAGUCUAUUGGUGGCGCCAAUUAUGGCUCGAAGCUGAAAGCUUACAAUCCAAACUAGUAGAGGAGUUAUUUGCUAUAGAUAGACUUGCCCCAUCAAUAAGCAGAUGGGAGGCCGGCUCUCUUGAUGUGGUCUUCGCGAGUGAUAACUAAGAUGCUCGGGAAGGGAAAAUGGGCCCUCUUCUUGAUCUCUCAACUAGAUCUGAUAGAUGAGCGUCAACUUUCUGAAGCCUCCACCUCUUUUAACAUACGUGGCGCCGCGUGCGAUGGUGCAGCCGCUGGGCUUCAACAUCCAGCCACUCGCGCUCGUCUUGGUCGCGCUUUUUCUACCUCUGCAAGCAACGGCUCCGCAAUGAGCACCGCGACGGCGAUGGAUGAGCUGAGCUUCGUCGACCUUAGGACCACGGAGACAACCCCAGCCAAGUUUGAUCCUGGAGCGGCCCUGGCGCGGAUGAACGCGGCCGCUAUGACUGGCGGCUAUGCAGCUGUUCAAGAGGUUUACCUCCGAGAGUUAACUCAUGACGCCCAGUCAAGCGUCGACGUUCUGGCGACUCUCUUCCGCAGUGGCACAGAUCCGGCCAAUCUAAACGGCCUUCAUGGCGUGUGCAAUCUUCUCCCUCUACGGGUUGACGGGGAGUGGAAGGACCGGAAACGGAAUGGCGGAUCGCCUCCAGGAGUCCGCCAGAACGUAGUGUCUGCUGAGGUAGCUACCAUACACCUUUCUGCAGAUUCUUGCACGGUACAGCCAGAGCAGGCCCACGACCACGCCAACGGGAACGGCGUCAAGGUUCUCGAGGCCCUCGGUACUACGAUGGUUUUCUUCGACGAAGGUGCCAGCGCUCGAGAGUGUUUCCCUGGGCAUUUGCGUACGUGCAAGCCGGUUGCUGAUGGGGCUGUUGAAAACGCUGUGGCGAAAAUGGAAAUGGCUUCAUGCUUGAAGGACGAAACUACGCAGGCGGGGUGUGAAAAUGACCCGAAUUUCGCGCGGGAACGCGACGUCGCGGUGCAAAGUCUUUACCGCAGAUUUUCGCCCCAGCUUCAACUUCGAGAGAACGUAGACGUCCUGGCGACUCUCUUCCACUUUGGAACAAAUCCGGACAAUCCUCAAGGUGAAGGCGGCGCGUGCACUGAUGUUCUUCCUCGCUGGUCGUCUCGCAUGGGAUGGCAGGACCAAACAAGCGGAUCGGGCUCAGGAUACCAGGAGAUCGAGAACAUAGUGCCUGCAGGGGUAGCUAAUAUGCACUUUUCUGCAAGUUCUUGCACGGCACAGCAGGAGCAGACCCCCGAGUUCGCCAACAGCGUCAAGGCUCUCAAGAGUCUCGGUGCUGUGAUGGUUCGCUUCAACGAUCAAAGCGCCCGCGGUGAAGAGUGUUUCCCUGGGCAUUUGCGUACGUGCAAGCCGGUUGUUGGUGAGGCUGUUGAAAACGCUGUGGCGAAUAUGGAAGGGAUUUCAUGCGCGAAGGACGAAACUACGCAGGCGUCCUGUGCACGUGACUUGCGUAUCGCGCUGGAAAGCGACUUCGCGGUGCAAAAUUAUUACCGCAAAUUGUCGCCCCAGCUUCGACUCCGAGAGAACGUAGACGUCCUGGUGACUCUCUUCCGCUUUGGAACAAAUUCGGCCAAUCUUAUAAAACAGAAAGGCGCGACGUACGAUUUUUUCCCUCUCUGGUCGGAGCAUGGCAAAAAUUGGAAGGACCAAAAUAGCGGAUCACAUUCAGAAGUCCCCGAGGUGGAGAACUUAGUGUCUGCUGAGGUAGCUAACGAGCACUUUUCUCCAGGUUCUUGCACGGCACAGCAGGAGCAGGCCCACGAUCGCGCCAAGGUUCUCAGGGCUCUCGGUACUACGAUGCUCAACAGCUUCGCCAGGUGGGGUGUCGUGGAUAGUUGUUUCCCUAGUCAUUUGUUUGCGUGCGCUCCUUUUGUUGCUGGCGCUUUUGAAAGGGCUGAGGCGCAGAUGAGACAGGAGCCAGCAGACAAAGACAAUGCGCGAAAGGCGUACCGAGCUGCGAGUGGGAUCUACACAAAGGAGCUAACGGAUGAGCUGAGGAAGCGCGACGAGAUUCGCGCAGAUUUCUUCCGCAUUUCGCGUUUUGCAGUAGAAAUUGAUUUGGAAACAUUUGAUUCUGACAUUGAUAUCGGGUACGGAGGCUAUCCAGAUGUUUUGUGGGAAGAUGAAAGCUUCGUGCGGUACGCGAUGAUGCAGGUGUCAUGCUCGAAGAACGAAAUGACCGCAAGAAGUUGCGCAGCCGACGCAAAUAGAUGGGGACACGCGCUUGGGUUACUGAAAUCAAUCUAUGCAUCGAGGGUGCCGACGCAUCUCCAGAAGAGUGUCGACAUUUUGGAGGCCUUCUUCCGCUUUGCCACAGGCUCGGCCGCGAAUGUCCGGCACGAGAAGGCCUGGCUGUGCGGUUUUCUCCCUCGGUUUGAUGGGACCUGGCGCUCGUUCGGGUUCGCCAAAACGAAGAUGCCUGUGGAGAUAGCGGAGCGCUUUUUUGGGAAUAGCCAAGACCAGUGCGCCAGGCCUGAUCUUGAUGCCGUCCAAGUCCGAGCUUUCGCUGCUCUUGGUGCACAAAUGCUUGGUCAGCCCGAAUGCGUCCCGAAACAUUUGCGGAUCUGCCCGGCGGUCGUUGCUGGUUUGCUUGCUGCCGAUCCCACAACAUCCGCUGAGAAGUGGAGCACGAAACUCGCCACUGAACUAGGAUCCGAGUCCUACGUGACAGAAGGGGAAGUUACAUCGCUGAAGAACGAUCCGCGAGUUGCGGUUUUUGCACUGCCAGGUCUUGCCGACGGAACCAUUAGCGUCAGCGAAUUUACAAGAAUCGCAUUACUACAACAAGACUCGACUACGCGUGACCGCGCCGUGUGGGACGCUAUGCUGAUAAUCGAAAAGGGGCCACUGGACACCAGGCAGGCCAAGGCAAGCGCAGUCGCAAAAAUCGCACGGGGGGCGAUGGAGCUGAGCAGAGGCGUAGAUGACGCUAAGACCACAACACAAGCAGACGGUGCAGGGUUCUGGCUUCGUGCAGUGAAGCAUCAUAGGAUGCUCACUUCCUUAGUGCUGGACGUAUUCGGGAUGUGCGCAGCAAGUUUGCUCCCCUUUCAGGCGGUCUCCAAAGUCAUGGCAGAACUUUCCCGAGGUGUCGCAAUUAGAACGACCCUCGCCGGCUUGCUCGUUGAUCCCGUAAUAUGCCAACCGGGUGAAGGCUUUGACUUUACACCAUUGCUAGCGGGAGAAGGGAGGAAGAACGAAGAAGAAGGAAAAGAAGAAAAAGCGGCGUCGACUGAUCGCGCAGCCGCGGUGGCAAGUCUACAACGUGCGCGGAGCAACAUGGCAAAGAAACUAGUCUGCGCGAACCGCACGCUCGCAGAGUUGGACGGAAGAAACCUCCUGCCAAAAGAUCUGCUGGGGGACGACGAUUUUGCAAAAUUUUUAGGCAACGUCGCCAAUGAAGACACGACUAGGAGGGCAGAAGCGUGCCGUGGCUCAGUAGUCAACACGGCGUGA